AGACUAACAAAAGCGGAUCGGCUGCUGCAGGUACAGGUUGUAUAGUGCCAUGCAGCUUUCCUUAGAACUCCAUCUUUAGAAAAUGGAAGAGCAGUAUGAUGUCAUCAUUGUUGGUGGAGGUCUUGGAGGGCUGGUGGCCACUCAUCUUCUUCUGAAGGAAAGAAAUAAUCUUAAAAUUCAAGUUUUAGAAACAUCAGAUCAUCUUUGUGGCCCACUAAAGACCAUUGAGCUAGAGGCUGCUAAUGGAAAGGAUUAUUUUGAUAUUGGUGUGUCGAGAGUUGGAAGUGUCCACCCACUGAUGCUUGCAUUACUCCAGGAGCUUGGAAUAGAGACUUACACCCUUGACGAUUUGGGCACCAAACACUGGCAGCUCCCAGAUGGCAAGAUAAAGACAUACGAAGGAGAUAUCCCUCCAGUUGCGUACACAGCUCUGAAUCUGAUAGACUUUGGAUUCUAUUCCAAAAAGAUUGAUAAGCUGGCUAAGAAUCUUGAUUUGAAGUGUCUAGCUGCUACAGAGAACUGUUCUGAAUUGGAUGAUACCACAAUGGACCAGUUUAUUGAGAAGUCAUUGAAAACUCAAGGAGGCAAGGAUAUGGCACGUACCAUGAUCGGAACAUUGUGUGGUCUACCUCCUGAUCAACUUUCUCUUCUCCUCUACUUGUGCAUGAUUCGCAGCUGUGGCAACUGGGACAACCAUAUUGGAGGAGAGGAUAGCGAUCUUCUGUUCAAGGGUGGAUGCCAGCAGCUAGCUGAAAGGUUACAGGAGAAAGUUGGUGAUGACAAGAUUACUACUGGUGAUGGUGUGACUCGAAUUGAACAAUCUGAUGACAUGACGAGAGCCAGAGUUUACACCCAGUCCGGUCGUGAACUGGAAACAAAGUUUGUCAUCUUGACCAUUCCGGGAAGUGACAUCUGUAAGAUAGAGCUUGCCCCACCCCUUGACGUACCCCAUCAGCUUCCUACAGCUGAGUAUGGAGUCCAGUUUGUCAUCACAUACAAGAAGAAUUUCUGGAGAGAGAAAAAGAUGGCCGGAGAGUUUCUCAGCAUGGCGGCAACACUGGGGAGCUUUAAAGACGAGAAGAAAUAUCCCAUUGUCCUUUUUGCUGACUCCACCUCAGCCAAUGGAAACCCAGCCCUGUCAGGCGUCUUUGGUUCCCCAUGCUAUGCCGAGAUGACUAGUGAUGAGAGGAAGCAGAUUGCCGUUGACUUCAUAGCUAGUGUGUUAGGAGAAGAAGCAAGGGAUAUCAUUGAAUACAGAGAUGAGUGCUGGAAUACCGAGUCUGUUACUAUGGAUCCAGGUCUAAAGACAUCAGAGAUUAUGGAUUCUCUAUUGAUACCCCAUGGAUGUAUCCACUUUGCUGGUGAGGAGACUGGAGCUGUUUGGUCAGGGAGCAUGGAGUCCACUGUAGAGGCUUCCAACAGAGUCGUAAAAGAAGUUCUUGGUCUACUCUGAAUGUCAUAAAAAAUGGGCUCUAGUAGUCUUCCAAUCGCAAGUCACAUGGUAACAAAUGGAUCUAUCAUGGACCAAUCACAAGUCACAUGGUGAUUCACUGGAUUCACAAUACUUCAUUUUCUAACUUCGACAUUGCGCGCAGGCGUAGGCAGUGCACAGUGUAAUGUGAAUAUGAUGCUUCAAAAAUGAAAAAAACAAUAUAGGAAAAGCAGAGGAAGAAUUUCCCAUAUGGCAUUGCAAAUUUUGGCAUGUCCGCUGCGUGGCGCACCGUAUCGUAAAUCCACCUAAUUUAUGGUUGAAUGGAUUAAUCAUGUACCAGUCACAUGAUACCAAAUCAUUGAAUUGAUUUAUCACUACUAAUCAAAGGGAAGUCACAUGAUGAUCACAUGAUAACAAAUGGUUGAAUGGACUUAUAACACUCACAAGACAUUCACAUGGUGAGCACAUGGAAACAUGAUUGAAUUGUAAGUAAGUAUCAAACAAUCGUAUGUCACAUGGUAGAACUUUAUAGUAAGCACAUUGAUCACUAGUGUGGAUUGUGAUAGGAAGUAGAAAAAGAGGAGAUCAUUAUUAUCAUAUUGAUCAUGUUAGAUUAUAUUGUUCUUAAGUGAUUCAAUGAUGAUUUGUGAUUAUAACAUGAGGCUGAUGUAUACAUUCUCAGGAUUUUCUUGUUUUCAAUGGUCACAUAAUAUUCAUGUGGUUAUCACAUGAUAGCUUCAUAGUAAACACAUGAAUCAUAUAUAUACAUGUAUGUGGCUUUAUAUAUAUAUAUAUAUAUUUGUGUAUGAUAUCAAAACCAUACAUAUAUUAAAACAAUGCAAUGAUAAAUAUGAAUGGUGAUAACAUUUUUAGUUGAUACCUCUAGAAAUGAUCACUGCUUCUGAACAAACUAUUUAUCUUUUGAAAUUGUAAAAAUUAUGAAUAAAAAAUUUCAUGUGUUUUUCUUUGAUUACAGAGCAAAGUGUUUACAUAUAUGUUUAAAUUUUUUUUUUGCUGAAAUGAUUUUCUUCAGUUGGCAUAAUUCAAUUCCUUACAGGUUAAUUUAGAAUUCAUGUUAAUAACUAUACCCACAGCUAACCAGAGACCAGGGGCGUCGAUCCAUUUUUCAGAUUGGGGGGGGCAAAAUCAUGAAUCAAAUUUCGAAAGGCGCUCAAAAGGGAGUUCUUUUGAGGCUUAGAACUGAAAAUGGGACAUUCUAUUCAGCUAUUUGAUCAUGAAAAGUAUGGGUUUUGCUACAGAAAUGAUGCGAGCGCGAAGCGUGAGCUGAAAAUUUUUCAUAUUCCAAUCUGAAAAGCGGACAUUUUGAGCACGAUUUUAGAUAAAGAACAAGUUGUGUAUUUCAAUCUCGCUUGCUGAUUUCUCUGUAACAUUACAAUCUUAUUUUAUUUUUUGCACAUGCCGAAUUAUUGGGGGGGCAAAACGAUAUGUUUGCCCCCCCAAUAUUUUCAUUGGUGGGGCGGUCGCCCCCCCCCCUGCCCCCCCAGGAUCGACGCCUCUGCCAGAGACGCUAUAAUGUGUGAAAUAGUAUCAGGAGUAGUGAUUCUUUUACACAAAUUUGACAUGCAUUGUGCAAUUGAGGAUCUGUAGCAAUAAUGUUAUUCUAAUAAUCUUUUAUUUUGUAUUAAAAACAUAUUUUGCAACAGCUUAUUUGUACCUAUUAUUGUACUCAUAACUAUUUGUCUUUCUUUUUUGUAUACAUUUAAGCAGCAGUACUAG